UAAGAAAUCUAAUAAAUCAGAGCCGUUCAUCUCUAGGGUUUAUCAAUCAAUAUAUGUUAAGCCUACCUUUUCGGGUUUCAACCCUUCUCUGUUUUGUCUCAGUUGCUCUCUCUUCCUCGCUAGGGUUUUCCUCGCUCUAUCUCCUCUCGUCGAUCGGAGUGUGCGUCGUCAGCAGCAGCAGCAAGGAGAGUAAGAAGCCGCCGCCGUAGCGCCACCCAAACUAGGAUCGAUUACUCCUUACCUACGCCGUCACCAUGGGUCGUAUGCACAGUCGCGGUAAGGGAAUGUCCGCCUCUUCUAUCCCCUACAAGAGGACCCCACCUUCCUGGCUCAAGAUCUCCGCUCAAGAUGUGGAUGAGAACAUUUGUAAGUUUGCAAAGAAGGGUUUGACACCUUCCCAGAUUGGUGUGAUUUUGAGGGAUUCUCAUGGUAUUGCUCAAGUCAAGAGUGUUACUGGUAACAAGAUCCUUCGUAUCCUCAAAGCUCAUGGUCUUGCUCCCGAAAUCCCAGAGGACCUUUACCAUCUAAUCAAGAAGGCAGUGGCCAUCAGGAAGCAUUUGGAGAGGAACAGGAAGGACAAGGAUUCCAAAUUCAGGUUGAUCUUGGUCGAGAGCAGAAUCCACAGGCUUGCUCGUUACUACAAGAAGACAAAGAAGCUCCCACCAGUCUGGAAAUACGAGUCUACAACUGCUAGCACUCUGGUUGCAUAAGCAUCUGGUUUUGUUUCGGAUCCAUUGAAGUAGAAGAAAUGCCAGCUUCAGGCUGAACAUGUUGUUUUGCAAUUCGCUGUAUGGAGUUCUAGAACUAGUAUAAUAUCUCGUCUAAAAUUAUGGUUUCAAAUUUUGUUUUUCUAAGUGCUCUAGGAAUCAGAGAUUUGCUUGCAUGUCUUGGUAAUAUUUUCACAAUGAAGGCAUUUAAUUUUGAGUGUUGGAAUCCUUUAAUUCAAUUAAGUGUUUUAAUUUA